CGAGCUCAUAAGAAACCCUCGCGGAGCCACGAACCCCACUGCUCGCCCGCUCCCUCCUCCCCGCCGCCGCCGCGCCGCCGCCAUCGCCUCGCUGCCGCCUGCGGCUCCCGCUCAAGGAGUUUGUGAAGGUUUCUUGAAGCUGAGAAGAUGGUGCUGAAGACGGAACUUUGCCGUUUCAGUGGUCAGAAGAUUUACCCAGGGAAAGGCAUCCGGUUCAUUCGUGCUGACUCUCAGGUGUUCCUUUUUGCAAACUCAAAAUGCAAGCGCUACUUCCACAACCGCCUGAAGCCUGCGAAGCUUACCUGGACAGCCAUGUACAGGAAGCAACACAAGAAGGAUAUCCAUGCUGAAGCUGUCAAGAAGAGGCGCCGCACCACCAAGAAGCCGUACUCCAGGUCAAUUGUGGGUGCUUCGUUGGAAGUGAUCCAGAAGAAGAGAGCUGAGAAGCCUGAGGUCCGUGAUGCUGCUAGGGAGGCUGCCCUUCGUGAGAUCAAGGAGCGCAUCAAGAAGACCAAGGACGAGAAGAAGGCGAAGAAGGCGGAGGUGGCCAAGUCCCAGAAGGGGCAGACGAAGGGUGCGGUCCAGAAGGGUUCCAAGGGCCCCAAGCUGGGCGGCGGCGGCGGCAAGCGCUGAAGGGCUCAGAAGGGUGUCGUCCUACUACUACUAGUCCGCUCGCUCCUCCUUGAGCUUUACCUGUCGCAGCAAAGCCUCUUUUUGUAAAACCUCGGUUAAAUUAGCAAGACUUGCUUUGUUUCAGCGUUGUUGCCACAGACGACGAACGAAUGGAUUCGUUAUUAUCUUGGAAAAUGGUUGCCGUCCUUAUGCUUA